UUUGAAAAGAAGUCUGUUGCAGUAAAUUGUAUUUGAAAGUUUUGUAUCUGUUUUUUUUAUGUGUGAAGAAUUUUUGAAACUGCCCCUAGGCAUUCGUCGCCAUGUCAAUCAAUAUGGAAAGAAAAAAUCAAAAUUUCGAGUUUAUAGCCAAAUUAAGUGCCUCCAGUGAAAAAUGUGAUGCAUUGGGAAGACCUCCACCCAGUUUGUUACUAACCCAAGAAACCAAAGGCAAUGAGUCUGCUAUUUGCGGCACACCUACUUGCAAUAGCGCAAGUCUCGCUUACCCUCAGACAGAUACUGAGGAGGACAUCUAUGACGAAGUAGCUGAUGAAACUGAGAGUGAUGUGAAAAGUUUCGAUAACAGUGAUGAGGACAGCAUGGUGGACGACUCCCACUAUAUUGAGGCCAACACACCAAGGCGUAUGAAUUCUAAAUUGCGAACCGAAUUACUAAAUUACAAACAGGAGCUGAAGCAAUACAAGAACACCACCAAAGAGCUGGAGAGUAAAUAUAUGAAAAUCAGUUCUGAAUUGAGCGAAAUGCAAACGAAGCACCAACAAUUUAUGGCCCAACGUCCGGUUGGCGAAGGAGGGGACAGCAAUGCCGAUGGCGAAGUUGACGACAAUUUGUGCUCUGACGAUAGUUCAGCAAUAUCGCUGCGUCGCAAGAGCACUCAAAUCUUUCAUAGGGGCAGUAGUUUUAGGCGAGAGGUUCCUUUGGCUGCAAGCCAUACCAACUGUAAGCCCUCAAACAAGCAACGUUUUAGUGCUGCUAUGGAAAACAAAGAGAAUCUACCGCCAACUGGGAAUUUGAGGACAACAUUAAAGAAAUCUCCCAAGAAAAGUUUGGACUCCCAAACUCUAUACAAAAAACCCAAAACAAUGCCCAAUGUAGAAUUGCUGCAAACCACCAUAGAAGUGCUGCAAAGCGAAAAGUCUCAAUUUCGCAAUAUCAUUGAGGAGCAACAGCAUUGUCUGCAAGACUAUCAUCAACGUUGCGUCAAGGCCCAGCAUCCAAGAGGAGGUUGGCAUGAUCACUUCGGUGACGUUACCGACCAGAAGAAGACAUUGUGUGCCGUUCACAUUUUUGAGCCUUUUAGAUCGACCGGAUCGAAUGAAGUCAUCUUUACAAGACAGGGUCGUCUUAUAGAACAGAGUCGUUUCAAAAGGCAGGGUCGUCUUACAAGACAGGGUCGUCUUACAAGACAGGGUCGUCUUACAAGACAGGGUCUUCUUACAAGACAGGGUCGUCUUACAAGACGUGAUCAUUUUCCAAAACAGGGUCGUUUUACAAUACAUAGACGUCUUACAAAACAGGGUCGUUUUACAAGACAGGAUCGCUUUUCAAGACAGGGUCGAUUAUCAAGACAGGGUCGUUAUAUCGGAUAG